AUGGCGACCGCCAUCCCUUCCAUAGCAUGCAUAGGCAUCAUCGGCCGCAACAACAACCCCCUCCACAUCCAAAUCUUCCCCUCACACAACCCCUCGACAAACACUUUCGCGCCGAUCCGCACCCCUCUACAAUUCUCCCUCCUCCUCUCCUCGACCCUGGACAUCUUCGAGCUCCGCCACGGCAGCAACAAUCCCUCCGGCGGCGGUGCCGCGGCCGCCGCGGCGCCAGGGUCCACGGGGACGGGUCUGUCCGGCGAGGUGGGCCUCCUCCACGCCGUGGACGAGCGGCUGGCCGCGUACGGGUGGGAGACCAACACGGGCGUCAAGAUCGUCGUCGUCGUCGACAUGCGCGGGCGGAGGGUCGCUGGCGGGACGCCGGGUGCUGGCGCCGGCGGCGCGGAGACGGCCGCUGCCGGCAAGGGGGGCCGCGGCGCGGUCGGGUUGCGGGAGCAGGAGUUGCGGGUCGUGUUCCGGGCUGUGCAGAGCGCGUAUGUGCGGCUGUUGCAGAAUCCGUUUUACGAGCCUGAUGAGCAUUCGCCUGUGAGCGGGCGGGGGGGGCGGGUGAUUAAGAGUCGCAAGUUUGAGGGGGAGGUGAGGAGGAUCGGGGAGGGGUGGACGCCUGGUGUGACGAAUCUUUGA